UAGAUCCGAGAGGGAGAGAGCACCGAGCGUCAUUUCUGCCGCGCGAAGAUGGCGUCUUCGGGCUCCGCCGUCGAAUCCGGAGCUCCGGUUUCGCUGAAGGACCUCCGUCCGCCUUCUCCGCUCUUCGCCGACGGGGCUUCUCUUCGCGUCCUCGGCAAGUUACAAGAGUAUUCCGUGGAGACGACGGUAGCGAUUAUUGUUGAUAGAGAUGCUAGUCUGAAGAUAGACACGCAGCAUCUGAGGGACCUUAGCUUUCGUGUUGGCUCGAUCUACCAGUUCAUCGGCGAACUCCGGAUUCAACCUGAUAAUGAGGCGUUGUUGCAGGCACGAGUGGGUAGGAACGUCGACGGCCUUGACCUAGACCUGUACCAUCAGUCUUUGCAGCUUGUUAGACAGUUUCAGGUUGAACGCACGAGGUAUCGAUCAACUUGACACGCGUUGUUACUGAGAGGAUCUUCAGAAGUUAUUUCGGGAAAGAUACAAAGGCAAACAACCCCGAGGCUAUUCCAAGACUCCUUGGCAUCGUCGACAGAGACGGCGGUUGGGAUUAUGUUAGUGCGCGGACCGAUUAAUUCGUUGUAAGUGAUGGAAGCUGGAAGUGACGGUGAUCUAAACCGAACAACAUGGAGGAUGAAUUUUGCUGCUGAACGCGGGUUGUUCUUAUUGUUGCCACAUUGAAUCGUUGUGUGUAAAUGGGCUUACAGCUUCCCCGCUUACCCCCUC